UUGUCCGUUUAAUAAUGUGGCAAUUAACUUGUUGUAUUUUUCAUUGAAUCAAAGUGUAAAUAGAAGGAUUUGAGGUCAACAGAGGAUAUAUUAAAAUGACAACAAUUAAAGGUAAAUACGAUCAGAGCACCGAAUGGAUGGAGAGUGAAAAUAAUAACAAUGAGAAAAUGAAAAAAAGAAAAAUGUAUUCAGUUUUCAACAACCAUUGACCGUAAUGGCUACAACAGAACGUUACUUUGAGGAUUUUGUAAAUAUGCCCUGUGCGUUGCUGAGAACACUGGGCAUUGAUUUUCUCAAUAUAUCCCGCUCAUUGCUGGCAAAGUGCCUUAUGCAGCUGUAUUUUGUUCUCUCGUUGCUCUCCUGUCUCUAUUGCACUUAUUUUGUGAUGGAAAUGGCUGUGAGAGAAAUCCACUGUGGAUCAGGAAAUUUACCAUUGAUUCUACGCCUCGUCGACGACAUUUUUCACAGUCUCAAUGGGUUACUUAAAAGUUAUUAUUUCUUUCGUAUUUGGAAAUCAAAUAAAAGUUUGUUCAAUAGAUUUUGUGAAAUUUUUCCCAUUUCCAUGGAAGAUCGUCGGGAAUAUCGUGUCAAUGACUACUAUUGGCCCCGAUGGAUUACGUGCAUGGUGUAUGUGCAAUGUGGUGCCAUUGCUGUGAUUAUAUUUUCACCAUUUGCUGCAACAUUAAAGGAUUACUUUUUGGCCAUAUUGAAAUUUGGAUUUGCCGAUGCGAAAUUUAGUUAUCAUAUAUUGUAUGAAGAACAUACAUAUAUCGUGGAUCAUCAGAGGCCUACAGGAUACAUAUUUAUCUACUCAGUGCUGGCUAUGGGCACUCAAUACGCGGUAAUAUUUAAUAUAUGUCCCGACAUAUGGCUGGUUGCCUAUGCCAUACAGCUAUGCAUGCAUUUCGAUUACAUUUCAAGGAAUCUGGAAAACUAUGAACCCAAAGAGGAAAGAUCACACAAGGACUUGGAAGUUGUGGCGAAAUUGGUUAAGAAACAUCAAAUUUUAUUGGAUCUUGCCAAUGACUUAAGGAAAACCUUCAACAUACUGGUUCUCAUCAUGCUAUUUUCAACUGUGGUAACUCUCUUCGGUGCAGCUGUUUAUGUUCUAACCCAAGGAAUCAAUUCCAAUGUUCUUGGCUAUUUGGCUUUUCUACCCACAACGCUGGGACAAUACUUUAUGGUUUGCUAUUAUGGCCAAUUAAUUAUCAAUAAGAGUUUACGAAUUGGUGAUGCGGCCUACAGUCAAACCUGGUACAACGGUUGUCAAAGCUAUAAGAAAUCUAUAUUGGCAAUUUUGGGUCGAUCACAAUCUCAGUGUGAAAUUAAUGCAGGUGGAUUUCAAACGACGAACCUAAAGGCGUUUGAGGGGGUUAUACGAAUGACAUUUCAACUGUUUGCCGUAUGGCGUACCCUAAUGGAACCGAAGUAAUUGUUGAUCCUUUAAUAUUUGUAUUUAACUAGAUAUGUAUACAUAUAAGGUUUAAAUGUACUCGUCCG